GCGUGUUUUGUAUCUGAUCUAGAUUUUAAAAUGACGGAGGUUUUAGAUAUUUACAAUGGGGACUUUCAGAACUGGUUAAAGGGAGUAAUUGCACUAAACACGACAAAUACUGCAUUACAAAAGACAGUGAAACAAAAAUGGGAACAUUUUAUUUCAAAUUUGUCGGACUCAGAAAAAAGUCAUUUGGAGACAUUCCUUAUAUGCGUAUGCAAGAAUCGUGUUAAACACUUAGAGACAUCUAAAAAUGUAACAAACAAAAAGUGGCGCUGUGAACAUUCGCUUUGCGAAAAGUUAAUGAAUCGUUUAUUGGAUCACCAUGUACUGCCUUUGAAACUGAUGUGCAAGUGGAAAUUUGUUGUUCCCAAGGAGAAACAAGAAGAAAAAGAGGGACAAAUACCUGAGAAAAAACAAGGAGACAAUGACAGUGUUGCUGUGCGUCUAGGAAUGUUAUACAUACUUGAUGAAAACGAUGAUACAGUAAAUGACAAAUUUUGUGAGCUUGACAUCUCUAAAAUGAUUAAAAUGAUGGGAAGUUGUAAACUAUUUAAAUUUGAGUGUUCGGAAGAUGUUUAUAAAAGCAUGAUCACAAUAAGAAACGAGCUCAUGCAUUCACCAGAUAAUCAUUUUCCUGAUACUAAGACUCGAGAGGUGUUUGUACUGUCGGAAAAGGUCUUGAAAAAUACUUGUGACCCUGGAGCAAUAUACUACAAAGACGCUAGACAAUAUCUACAACAGGUUGAAGAUGAAAAUUUUACAAUAGAUUUUAAGCCAAAGGAACACAAAGAGGUCAUCAAAUCGGUUUUGGAGGUUAGCAAGACUGCAGAUGACUUAGAAAAUAUGCUAGGUGAAAAUCAUGCGGAAAGCAAAAUCAAAUGCAAACAGGUGCAAGACCUAUUAAAGGAAAUAACCAACAACAUGGAUAAAAACAGUUCUGAAAGAGGUCAAUCUUCUACAUAUCGACCAGAAGAAUAUAAAAGUAUUGUACAGAAACAUCUGGAAACGAAGAAGAACGCAUUGCAAAAUGAUAUCCGGACUGUCCCCGAUGGGGAUUACCAACGAUUGCAAGAACUGAAAUGUCUACAGGAGGGGAAUGAUCGUCAUUUGCAAGAUGUUAAAAAAAUCAUAUCAAACCCAGAUCCAUGUGAAUGUUCACAGUAUUUAAAAUCUCUAACAAAGAAGAAAGAAGAACUGGAUAAAGAACGUAAUCAGUAUAAAAGAGAGAUAGAACGUAAACGCAACAGCUUACAAGAUUUACAAACACAAACUGAGCUUCUUAAACAGAUGGUUCAGUCCCAAGGUGAGGGACGAAUCCAAGAUUAG